GUUUUUGUUGGCAAGAUCCCCCGAGACUUGUACGAGGAUGAAUUGGUACCGCUCUUUGAGAAAGCUGGUCCCAUCUGGGAUCUGCGCCUUAUGAUGGAUCCUCUUUCUGGUCAAAACAGAGGUUAUGCUUUCAUUACCUUUUGCAGUAAAGAUGCAGCGCAGGAAGCAGUCAAACUGUGUGACAACUAUGAAAUUCGUCCUGGGAAGCACCUUGGGGUAUGCAUCUCUGUGGCAAACAACAGGCUAUUUGUUGGAUCAAUUCCAAAGAACAAGACGAAGGAAAACAUAUUGGAAGAGUUCAGUAAAGUCACAGAGGGUUUGGUGGAUGUAAUCCUCUAUCACCAACCUGACGAUAAAAAGAAGAACCGGGGCUUCUGCUUCUUGGAAUACGAGGAUCACAAGUCAGCAGCACAAGCUCGCCGCCGCCUCAUGAGCGGGAAAGUAAAAGUCUGGGGCAAUGUUGUGACAGUGGAGUGGGCUGACCCAGUAGAGGAACCUGAUCCAGAAGUCAUGGCAAAGGUGAAAGUUUUAUUUGUAAGAAACUUGGCCACCACUGUGACAGAAGAAAUUCUUGAGAAAUCCUUUUCUGAAUUUGGAAAGCUGGAAAGAGUGAAGAAGUUGAAGGAUUAUGCUUUUGUUCAUUUUGAGGACAGAGGUGCAGCAGUGAAGGCUAUGAAUGAAAUGAAUGGAAAAGAGAUAGAAGGGGAAGAAAUUGAAAUAGUGUUAGCAAAACCACCCGAUAAGAAAAGGAAGGAACGUCAGGCUGCCAGACAAGCCUCCAGAAGCACUGCGUAUGAAGACUAUUAUUACUACCCUCCGCCUCGCAUGCCACCUCCUAUUAGAGGCCGAGGCCGUGGAGGGAGAGGUGGCUAUGGCUAUCCCCCCGAUUACUAUGGCUAUGAAGAUUAUUACGAUGAUUAUUAUGGUUAUGACUAUCAUGACUACCGUGGUGGCUAUGAAGAUCCCUAUUACGGCUAUGAUGAUGGCUAUGCUAUAAGAGGAAGAGGAGGAGGAGGAAGGGGUGGGAGAGGAGCUCCUCCACCACCUAGGGGGCGGGGAGCACCACCACCCCGAGGUAGAGCCGGCUAUUCGCAGAGGGGGGCACCCAUGGGCCCUCCGAGAGGAGCCAGGGGUGGGAGAGGGGGUCCCGCGCAGCAGCAGAGAGGACGUGGUGCUCGUGGAGCCAGGGGCAACCGUGGGGGCAACGUAGGAGGCAAGAGAAAGGCAGAUGGGUACAACCAGCCUGAUUCCAAGCGCCGUCAGACCAACAACCAGCAGAACUGGGGCUCCCAACCCAUCGCUCAACAGCCGCUCCAGCAAGGUGGUGACUAUGCCGGUAACUAUGGUUACAAUAAUGACAACCAGGAAUUUUAUCAGGAUACUUAUGGGCAACAGUGGAAGUAGACAAGUGAGGAGGGAUUGAGAAUAUUGGCAACAUAGAAUUGGCUAUAGCUCUACAUUCUUCAAAACAAAAUUGGCUUAAUGUUUCAUCCUUCAGUAGCGAUUGGCUGCCAUUUGUAUUGGGCUGAAGAAUCACUCUUAUUGUGUAUAUACUCGAGUCUCUUAGUUUUCUUUUUCAUAAACGCACUUGGACAUUACUGGGCUUGCAGAAUUCCUGAACUCCAUAUGGGGUUUCGAUGCUUUUAUCAUUUUAGGCUUCAUUUUAGCAGUUUAAAAGCAGGAAUCUGUUCAAUCAUGAUUUUUGCAGAACUCUGGUUUUGGACAGGUUUUUUGGUUUUUUUGUUUUUUUGUUUUUUUUUUUUUUGGAUUUGGGAUAGACUACAUAGGAGUAUGCUGUACAUAAAAGUAAAAGCUAGUGCUUUGUCUUAGUAGUUUUAAGAAAUUACAACAAAUUAAGUUUUCUUGUAUUGAAAAUAACAUGAUUGUAUGUUUUGCAUUCCUAGAAGUAGGUUAACUGUGUUUUUAAAUUGUUAUAACUUCACACCUUUUUGAAAAUCUGCCCUACAAAAUUUGUUUGGCUUAAAACGUCAAAGCCGUGGCAAUUUGUUCCUUGAUGUGAUUGUAUUUCCAAUUUCUUGUUCAUGUAAGAUUUCAAUAAAACUCAAAAAACUAUUCAAAACA